AUGGAUGACGAAAUCAAUGAGAAUGAUACAGUUUACAAUCAAUUUAUUGAAUUAUAUAAACCUACAAAAGCUGACUUUGAAAGAGUCUUCAGCGAAGAUGAACUAAAGAAAAUAUGUUUGAAACACAAAUGUCGAGUGGAUAUGUGGCGAUGGAAUGUGGUCAAUGAAUAUCGCAUACUUUUCACAGAGAGUGGUCGUUAUCAAAGAUGGUCUGAUCAUAAGCGUCUGCGUAUGUUGACCAAAGCGGUGAACAGAAUGAAACCUUCAUCGCUGUACGAUGAGCAUGAAAUUUUAAAAACUAGAAAAGAAGAAUGGGGUUUGCAGUUGAAAGAUAAUAUAUUAUCGUUAAAUUACUGGCAACGUGAACGUUCACGCAGUACAAAGCCACAUAACAGUCCUAGACUAGUGUUAACAGAUUCCGAAGAUAUAGAUGAUGCUGUCAAUGCAGAAACUAUGAAUGAGGAGGAAUUACUGACACAAACUCAAAGUCAGAAAAUUUCAACAGAAGAGGUGCCUUUGAAUAGAGAAUUUGAUCAAGAAUUACAAUCACAAAUUGAAGUUAAUACGGAAUCAAUGAAUGUAAGUCAAAUACUAACACAAACUCAAGCUCAGGAACCAGAUAGAGUACUUACACAAGCUCCCUCGACACAAAAUGAUAUAGCAGAUUAUUUGUUGUGCAGAACAGAAGACGAAUAUUUAAUUGAUGAAAGCCCGGAAGAUUCCAUAGAAUCCGAAGAAGUUGCUGCCGAAAUUAAUAAUAUUUAUGGCGUUAACACCAUGUCUAUGUCUAUCGAUUCACAAAUGCAUACCCAAUCCCAAGACUUAGCUUUGCUACAGUCGCAGGAUGUAAUACCAGCCAGAUAUGAAAAUUUUGAAAAUAGUAUACAUCUAGCAUCAACACAGUCGCUAAAUCAAGAAUCGGAAGCAUUUAUAUUGUCAUAGAAAAUGUGCGAAUUCCUAACAUGGUUGAUUUAACAUGUUGAUCAUGUGAUCGGAAAUAGCAUUUUCUAAACAAAAUACUUAAUCAAGUGGAAGUCGGUGUAAAACUGUCUCCGAUAUUUCAACAAUACUGCAUAUUUAGACAAAUCCUUUGUUAUCACUACAUUUUAAAAGUAUUACUUUCUAUUAAUUUAUAUUAAACUGGUGUGCAACUACACUAAAAAAUAA